GCCAGGCUCACCCCGCCAUGUUAGGGGCAGCCCCAGAGCCCUCGGGGGUGGGGGAUGUGGUUUGGGCCGAUCCGUGCGCCGCCAGACUGGUCCCGGCAGGGCGCGCCCUCCGCCCCUCCUAGCUGAGGUAUCAGGUGGAACUGGUCGGGCGUGCGGGCAGGCAGCGGUGGCCGGAGCGCGGCGGCGGGAUGGACGGGCACCGCGGGCUGUGCCAGCUGCUGCUGCUGCCGCUGCUGCUGUGCGCGCUGCUGGCGGCCGCCACUCCCGCAGGGAGUAGUGGAACCAGCAGUUCAAAAGGAAGAAGUUUUGCUGGCCGGAAGGUUUCAAAUACAAAUAAUGCCUCUGAAGAGUUAUAUGAAGUGGAUGAAUUUGCAGCAAAAGCCCUCACAGGAAAGCUGACUACAGUUUUUCUUCCUAUGAUCUAUAUCAUUGUUUUUAUCAUUGGUUUGCCAAGCAAUGCCAUGGCCCUCUGGGUCUUUUUUUUCCGAACGAAGAAGAAACAUCCAGCUGUGAUUUAUAUGGUUAACUUAGCACUGGCAGACCUCUUUUUUGUUGUCUGGUUCCCACUGAAGAUUGCAUACCAUGUAAAUGGCAAUAACUGGCUAUUCGGCGAAGGUCUCUGCAAAGUACUUGUUGGAUUUUUCUAUGGAAAUAUGUACUCUUCCAUUCUUUUUAUGACUUGUCUCAGUGUGCAACGGUAUUGGGUUGUAGUGAACCCCAUAGUGCAUUCAAGAAAGAAAUCUGAAAUUGCCUUGGGCAUCUCCCUUGCUAUCUGGAUACUGAUUUUGCUGGGCACUAUUCCAUUGUAUCUUGUUAAUCAAACGGCAUAUAUUUCAAAUCUUAACAUCACUACCUGCCACGAUGUGUUGCCCGAAAAUGUUUUGGCUCAUGAUAUGUUCAGUUAUUUCCUCUCACUUGCAGUUGGACUCUUCUUAAUCCCAGCUCUUCUCACUGCUGUUGCUUACAUACUAAUGAUUAAAACUCUGAAUGCUUCCAUCUCAGAUAUAAGCACUAGCAAGAAACGAAAAAGAGCAAUCAAACUCAUUAUCGUGGUGCUAUCCAUGUAUCUCAUCUGUUUUACACCUAGCAAUGUGCUGCUUGUUGUGCAUUAUUUGCUCCUCAAAACCUACAGCCAGAGCUAUCUGUAUGUGUCAUACAUAACUGCACUGUGUCUUUCUACUUUGAACAGUUGCAUCGAUCCAUUCAUCUAUUACUAUAUUUCAAAAGACUUCAGAGACAACCUUAAAAAUGCUCUUCUUUGCCGAAGUGUGCGAACUACACGGAGGAUGCAAGUGUCUCUCUCAUCAGGCAGAUACCCUAGAAAAUCAAAUUCAUAUUCUUCAAACUCAAAUGGGACCACUAAAUCAACCUACUGAGUUUAAUCCUAGAAAAGUGAACUUUUAUUACUACUGCUGAAAGGGUGUAAGUGACAACAGAGUUAUUUUUUACAAGGGAGUCUGAAGAAACAUCUCUGCUUUUUAAUUACAUGGAAACCUGGAUUUUGGAACUGGCAGCUGCUUACCCUGUGUAGAAAUUGUAAACAGAUAAAAUCUUCCCACUAGACUGGAAAAAAAAUCAUGACAUCUCAGAUGCUCUGCAGAAAUGCUGCUGACCUGGCAGUGAGUUGUGGUUGAAGGCAUUUUUGUUUAAUAUCAAAGUUGUUAAAAAGCAAAAUGUCACUGGAAUGUUAUGUAGUGUUGCUCUAGUGUAUUUAAUUAACAGAGAAAUCUGUUUUGUUUGGCUUUAACUGUAAUGUAUUAAACAACUGAACAGAUUUAAUUUAGUAUGUAGGAUCUUGCUGUGUGUACCUGCUUACACUGAACAUAAUUUGAAGUUGUAGAGAGAAGGAGAGGAGAAUCCAUUUCACCAUCUUGGUGUAGACUGUAUAUUAUCUUUAGUAUAAUGUAAUUUUAUAUUGUUUUCCAAGUUACCACACUGUAAAUACUAACAUGGAAGAAGCUUGUAAAGUUUAUCCUAGUGAGUUGACAAGCUGAACUGGUUACCAGCUAGCACUGUGAUAAAAUGUUAGAGAUUAUUCACUGUUAUGUAAUGCUUGCCAGUACGUGAUCUUAAAUGGAGCUAUUUACAAAGCUUUGAUGAAUAGCUGUUUGAUUUUUAUAUAAUGUGCCUUGUAUUUUUUAGGAUAUCUAAAUAUGAUUAUUUUUUUAUAACA